AUGGACAGAGUUUAUGAAAUUCCUGAGGAGCCAAAUGUGGAUCAAGUUUCACCUCUGGAGGAAGAUGUCAUCCGUGGGGCCAACCCCCGCUUUACCUUCCCAUUUGGCAUCCUCUUUUCCACCUUUCUGUACUGUGGGGAGGCUGCAUCUGCCUUGUAUAUGGUUAGAAUUUAUCGAAAGAAUAAUGAAACCUACUGGAUGACGUACACCUUUUCCUUCUUUAUGUUUUCAUCUAUUAUGGUACAGUUGACCCUCAUUUUUGUUCACAGAGAUCUGGCUAAAGAUAAGCCUCUGUCAUUGUUUAUGCAUCUAAUCCUCUUGGGACCUGUUAUCAGAUGUUUGGAGGCCAUGAUUAAGUACCUCACACUGUGGAAGAAAGAGGGGCAGGAGGAGCCCUAUGUCAGCCUCACCCGAAAGAAGAUGCUAAUAAAUGGCGAGGAGGUGCUGAUAGAAUGGGAGGUUGGCCACUCCAUCCGGACUCUGGCUAUGCACCGCAGUGCCUACAAACGUAUGUCGCAGAUCCAAGCCUUCCUGGGCUCAGUUCCCCAGCUGACCUAUCAGCUCUAUGUGACCCUGAUCUCUGCAGAGGUCCCCCUGGGUAGAGCUGUGCUAAUGGUCUUUUCCCUGAUAUCUGUCACCUAUGGGGCUACCCUCUGCAAUAUGUUGGCUAUCCAGAUCAAGUAUGAUGACUACAAGAUUCGACUUGGGCCACUAGAAGUCCUCUGCAUCACCAUCUGGAGGUCAUUGGAGAUCACUUCCCGCUUAGUGAUUCUGGUGCUCUUCUCAGCCACCUUGAAAUUGAAGGCUGUGCCCUUCUUAUUGCUCAACUUCCUGAUCAUCCUCUUUGAGCCUUGGGUUAAGUUCUGGAGGAGUGGUGCCCAGAUGCCCAGUAACAUUGAGAAAAAUUUCAGCCGGGUAGGCACUCUGGUCGUCCUGAUUUCAGUCACUGUCCUCUAUGCUGGUAUCAACUUCUCUUGCUGGUCAGCCAUGCAGUUGAGGUUGGCGGACCGGGAACUUGUUGACAAAGGCCAAAACUGGGGCCAUAUGGGCCUGCACUAUAGUGUGAGAUUGGUGGAAAAUGUGAUCAUGGUUUUGGUUUUUAAGUUCUUUGGAGUGAAAGUAUUACUGAAUUACUGUCAUUCCCUGAUUGCCUUGCAGCUCAUUAUUGCUUAUCUCAUUUCCAUUGGCUUCAUGCUUCUUUUCUUCCAGUACUUGCAUCCAUUGCGUUCACUCUUCACCCACAAUGUAGCUGACUACCUCCACUGUGUCUGCUGCUACCGACACCCUCGGGGCAGACCUGAGACCUUGGAGCCAUCCUUUGAGGCCGAAGCAAGGCAAAGCAUUGUCUGA